AUGAAGUUCCUCAACCUCGCUGUCUUUGCGGCCACGACGGCUUUCGCAGCGCCCCAAAUUGGGACCCAAGUCGAGAGUUCCAAGCGGACGCUCUACUUUCUCGAUAGCGACCCGAAAGGCGCGUCUAUUGUUGCAAUACCGAUUGGAGAAGACGGCCGCUUGCAGAGCAUGAACGCCACAGGCGUGGUGCGGACGCCCACUGGCGGCAGGGGAGGAAUCGGCAUGGGCAUGAACGGGACUGUCAGCGUCGACCCUCUGUUCUCGCAAGACUCGGUAGUGGUCAAGGGCAGCCGGCUCUUCACCGUCAACGCCGGCAACAACACAUUGUCACGGUUCUACAUUCCCCAAAACGAUCCCUUGCACCCGAAGCUCGUGGGCAAGCCCGUGGCGACGGGUGGCGAGUUCCCCAACACGGUGGCCUAUUCGGAAAAGAACCAACUUGCCUGCGUCGCCAACACAGGCAAGAAGGCGGGCGUUCAGUGCUUCCGCGUUCCCGAGUGCGACCAGCUCGAGCCGGUGGGCGAUUUCAUGCCGCUGCCCAUCAACCAGACGAGCCCUCCCAUGGGCCCGGCAAACACGGUGUCCGACAUCGUCUUCAACCCGUCUGAGUCGGCUCUUUUUGUCAGCGUCAAGGGUGACGGCAUGGGCAAGGGAUACCUCUACGCGUAUCGAGUGAACAAGGGCGAGGUGGACCCGAAGCCCAUCAUUUCACGCCCCGAGGAGCUGCGUCUCGACUUCUCCCUGUCCUUCUUGUCCGACUCGGACGCUGUCAUUACGGAUCCGGCGUACGGAGCCUCGCGGCUGUCCAUCUCGCCCGACCUUUCCGUCAGCGUCACCAACAACGUUACGAUCCCCGGACAGACGGCCACCUGUUGGUCCGUCUACUCGCCCGAAUUUCAAGCCGUCUACGUGUUCGAUGGUGCGUCGCCCAACGUCACAGCCCUUUCGCCCGAGACGGGCGACAUCAAGUUUGUCGUCCCAGGAGAGCAGCGCGGCAUGGGCUCCUUUGAUGCCGUUGCCGAGCGCUCCUGGCUCUAUGUCCUCCAGGCCAGCCCAGCCAUUGCCGUGUUCGACCUCAAGGCCUCCGAGGGCGACAAGGCCAUGCCCAGAAUCACUCAGUACCUAGACCUGGCCUCUCUCGGUAAUGGCACUGACAGGUCGUCAUGGAUUGGACUGGCCGUCUACUCCGGUUGA